AUGUCAAAAAAUAAAACGUUGCUUGACCAUCAUAUCGAAGAAUAUUCAGACUCAUCCGAAGACGAAGAUCCAGAAGAUCUAGAUGAUAUACUUGAAACUCUGGAAGUCCAAGAAUUAGAAGAUGAUCUUGCCAAUGAAGUGGAUGAACCCUAUCAAGAUGACCAAAAUGAUAAUCAUGGUUGGACUGAAUACUGUGGAAGACACAAACAAUUCGUGUUUAGUGGACCCCAGGGCUUAAAAAUAGAUCUUGAUGAAAACUCUACGCCACUAGACAUUUUUUCAUUGAUUGUCGAUGACGAAAUAAUUAGUCAUAUUGUCACGGAAACCAAUAAAUAUGCACAACAAAAAAUAAGAUCAAGCCAAAAAACAAAAGGAUCAAGGAUAAAUCAAUGGACAGCGACGAAUAACGACGAAAUUAAAAAGUUCUUGGGGCUAACCAUGUGGAUGGGCUUAGUAAGACUGAGUACCCUUUCAGAUUAUGGGUCCACUCGUAGUAUCUAUAACCUUGCAGUUCCGCGAGCACUGAUGUCAAGGAAUAGGUAUCAGUUACUGUUGUCAAUGGUUCAUUUUAAUGACAAUAAAACAAUUGUUCCGGGAAAGCGUUUGGGAAAAAUCAAGCCGCUUGUCGAUAUCCUGAAGAGAAAGUUUCAAAAUCUAUUUUGCCCAGGUGAAUUUAUUGUUAUUGACGAGACAUUAGUACCUUGGAGGGGACGACUCAUUUUUCGCCAAUAUAUACCAAAUAAGGCGCAUCGAUAUGGUAUCAAACUUUUUAAAUUAUGCUCAGUAGAUGGUUAUACCUGGGACUUAAAAAUCUACAGUGGAAAGUCUGCAAGCGGAGAGAGAGAAACCGGACUAGCGAAAAACGUCUGCAUGGAACUCUUACAUAAUCUUCUGGACCAGGGAAGAACGCUUUAUGUCGACAAUUUUUAUAGAAGCUAUGAACUAGCAAAAGCCCUGUUAUCCAGAAAGACACAUGUUGUAGGUACAGUAAGGUCAUCUAAAAAGGAUCUUCCGAAAGAGGUUUUUUAG